AUAUUCAAGCAAAACGGGUUUUGCAGUACAUGAUCUCUGGAAAAAUAACAGUUCGUCAUGCACGAGGGAUUGUUGUUGGAUGCGCGGGUGCUGGAAAAACUACAAUGCUUUAUAGACUGAUCGGAAAAACUCUGGAGGAAAUGAAAGAAAUUUGUUCCACAAGAGGACUUCAAAUCUACGAAUAUGUAUUUACUGUAAAAGAUGGAACCCUAAGAGCUGGUAAAGAACAGUCUCAAAGCAAACAAUUGAUUUGUGUUCCAAAGUCCGCUCUCAAGAGGAAAGACAAAAUAUUGAAUCUUAUUCAAGAUGCAAAUUUCAAUUCAAUGGAUGUUGAGGACGAUGCAGUCAAUGCUAAAGAGGGUCGAGCAAAUUCUAAACCAUUAGCAAUAGAUCUAAAAGACAUAUUGGAUGAAAGGGAAAACGAAACAAGUGUCAGCAUGAUAGAUUUCGCCGGACAAUUUGCUUAUUACGCAUGCCAUCAAAUUUAUAUGAGGUCAGAGGCUUUCUAUACUUUGGUUUUGGAUAUGACUAAAGGAUUUGAGGAUGUCGUUAGCAGUGAAAAAGACGAACGAAAGGGUUCCGUCUUUUCUACUUGGACUUACAAAGACUAUCUAAGAUACUGGGUCAAUUCCAUUAAAACGUUCGGUGGUUCUGAUGCAUCAGUACUUCUUGUAGCUACACACGCCGAGGGCAAAACAAAGGACGAAAUAGAAAAAUUCUUUGAAAGCUUUUGGCGUGUCGUACCAGAAGAAGACAUUUCAUGGCUUUACAAGUCUAUAAAUGGAAACGAAUUUGCAAUCGGACCAAAAGAAAUGAACGAAGGAUGUAAGAAUUCUCUACAGUCCAUAAAAUCUUCGAUUGCAGAUGUAGUAUCACGUAAAUUAGACACAAAAUUCGAAGUUCCUUCUUCAUGGGCUUUGCUUGAACAUUAUUUGAAAAAAUUAAAACAGCCGCUCUUGUCCACUGAUGAAAUAAAAAAAGUCAAUAAUGAAAUCCCUGACGAAUAUCAAUUGAAAACAAAUGAAGAAAUUUUAGAUUUCUUAAAAUUUUAUCAUGCACAUGGAAUUUUUCUAUAUUUUGAGGAAGAUGGACUAAACAAACAUGUUAUUCUUGGAAUACAAUGGUUCUCUAAUGCAUUCAGCAGAAUUAUUGCUGAUAAGAAUCACGUCACUAUAGACUGUAAAAGAAGAUAUAUAAAAGAAUGGGAAUGUUUCAAUGAGACGGGGGAACUAAAGGAUACACUUCUCGAAGCCCUUUGGAAAGAGGAACCAUUGUAUGUUAAACACAAAUUUGAGCUUGUGCGUUAUAUGGAGAGGCUUCGAAUGCUUGUCGUAAUCAAUGCCACAAAAACUGAAAUGUCUUGGUAUGUUCCAUGCAUGAACAGGAAACCCUUUAAAAAAGACAUCUUUGAAAAGAAAUGGAGUUAUUCAUCAAUUUUGUGUUUUCGAUUCAACUCCUUUGCCAUGUUUGUGUUUUAUAGGCUUGUAGCCUAUUGUAUGAGUUUCCUCGGAUGGCGUGUUGCCAGUGAUAAAGGCACUCAAUGUCUCUAUCACACGGCAGCAGUGUUUGAACAUCAACAUCACACUGUUAUUCUUGGUAUAUGUGAUGAUGACAUACAGCUUCAAGUCAUGUGUAUUGCUCCUUUACAAAUAAAAUCUGAAGUAUGUCAUAGAAUCGGAAAUGAUAUUGAACUUGCACUAUUAGAACUCACGAAGAUUUUUGCUGAAAAAAAGAAUUUUCAAAGAGGCUUCAAGUGUCGAAACAUUAUAUGCAAUGAAAAGGAUCUGUCAUUUAUUCCUGAGAGUGAAUUGUUCGAAACAGAAAAUGAAACGGUCCAAUGCAUGCAUUGUCCCAUCGGUGAAAAACACGAAAUAAACGUUCACAAAACUCUGCGAUUCUGGAAACAGGUAAUAGAAAAAAGUAAGGAACCAAUGCCCUCGCAAUUCCAUUUACAGACAAAGAGUUCAGCUCAGAAGCCGAAGCGUUUAAAUGUUUCAACACAUUCUGAGCCGAAGACAAAAUUACCAAAGACAGGACCAAUGUAUCCUUUUUCCAAGACAACGUUUCAUAGAGAUGUGAUGACAAGUCAACUUAAAGCAGAAGUCAGCAGAAGUGUUGGGAUGAUUUACAUCGACGGGCAUCCUACAGGAACAGGAUUCCGUGUGGGAGACAAAUAUAUAAUGACUUGCUUACACGUAAUAGAGAGUACUAUUACAGAACAGCGAAAAUUUAUGGAUCAAUCCAGAAUCUUUAUACAAUUUGAGAGAAAGCUUUACCUUCAAGACCGUGAAGAAAAAGAUACCUUCAAGUUUAAACGAUCUGUUCAUUACGUACAUGAUGGAUUUGAUGUUGCUAUUCUGGAACUGAAGAAGCAUCGUCUUUCAGACGUCGAGUUUCCGCCACACUUGUCUUCAUUUAGUAAAAUUCAGCAGUUUCCUUCAGAGGUUCAUCUUGUUGGUCAUCCUGGUGGUGUUCAGAUGAAGGAAGACAGCGAAGUUUACCCAGGAGUUAUUAAACCAAAUAACGAUGUUGACAAGUACAUUGAAGAACUAAGUCAGUGGAGUGUAAAUUAUUUUCCUGAUGGUGUUGACUAUUACAGAGAACUUCGUGAUCCACCGAGAAAAAUCUUAUUCCGUACAACAUUUAACCAAGGGUCAUCCGGUUCACCUGGCGUUAUAUUAAGACAACAACGACCAAGUGUGGUUCUCAUCAUAAGGGGCGGCACUCCUGGUUGUUUUUACGAGAACAAAUUCCAGAAUUAUCCAAUAGAGGACAAAAACAAGGUUGAAUAUGGAUAUGCGAUGGAAGAUAUUCAUCAAGAUAUGCAUAACUCACAAAACAAAUGUAUAAGAAAACUGGCAUCAGAAAUAUUCAAAGAAUGGAUUUAAAAUAUUGGCAAUUUCUGCAAGAGGAGUUGAAAUUCAUAGUCACAUUC